AUGGCAAUGUGUACCUUGGCCUCUGCACGCGCCAGGGACGGCGCUUUAUAUUCAGAGCGGCGGUCGCCGUCUCAGCUCUCGCAUCCGCCACCCGAGCUUUUCUGGUCAGCAGCUACAGAGUCUAUCCCUCGCAACCUGGCUGCGGCGAGAGGCAUCGAGUAUAUGAGGGCGUGUGCGCUUCUCAGCGUUGCCGCCAUUCAAAAUGGUCAGAUCCGAGACAUGCAUCAAUAUCUGGGGAAGUAUCAUACGUUAAAUAUCAUGGAAGGGCUAUAUGAUGAGAAGUCAUGGCCGAAAGACUUGAGUGCCGUGGAGGUUGAAGUUCGACGGAGACUGUUCUGGUCGAUGUAUACACUCGAUGUGUAUUCGGCGACCGUAUGGGGCGGCAUGGUCCGUUUCAGAGAAAUCCAGUCCAAUGUACGCUACCCCAGAGAGGUGAAUGACGAUGUGCUGGAUUUCGACAACAGCGCCCAAAUAUCGGCUAUCAGUACCACUCCCGCUUCCAAUUCUUAUGAGCCCUCUGUUUGGAUGCGUGGGUGGAACUUCACUACUGAUCUGUAUCGAAUACUGGAGCAUGCUAUUGACGGCCAGCGGCGAACGCUGCGCGUGGAGAAUGAGAGCCCCUGGUCGUUAUUUCGCCCGGACCCUGUCCCGGGCCAUUUGAUUAUGAAGCAUGUACAGGCAAUGUUCUCGGCUUUACCAUCGCAGCUUCAAACAACCAGGCCUGUCACUGGUGAUCCUGAGCAUGAUAUUGUUGGAUUUCAAUCCGCCAAUAUCCAGGCAACGCUGCAACUUCUGAACAUGGUCCUUUCUCCAAACGAGGACCAAGGAAUCGAGGAGAAAUGCGAGGUAGCCGAAAACGUGCUCAGCGUGUUUACCAAAGUGCCGAUUGAAUAUCUGAAAGCAAUCAGUUCCCCGCUGGUUGGAUAUGGCAGCACUUCUGCAUCAAAUGGAGUCCGGACUCACCCGCUCCACUGGCGCCGGCGAACGACUCAAAACACAGGUUAA